UUUUCAGUCUAAGCUCUGCAUUAGCUGGUGCCUUCAGUGUAAUAGCCCGCAACCUUGAUUAUCUACGUUCUAUUAAAAUAGUUAAUGAAAAAGUUGAGAGGAGCGAAUCUGCAGAAAUUAAUAGAUUAUAUAAAGAAGCUCUUGAAGAUUUUGUUAAAUUACCUUUUGCUGUUGUAGCUGGUAUUUUGGAAAUUUUUUGUUUUUUGAAAAUUAAUAUUGAAAAGAUAAAUGGAGAUAUGCUGUAUUUAACGAAAGCCUGUCUCCUUCAAAUUGGUCGAUGGAGUGGUGGUCGUUGAGGCAGAAAUAUCAAGGGAUUAUUGCCCCUUCAAUGGCUGAUCCAAAAUCUGUAGAAAGUGAUCCAACAGCUUCUCCAUUAAUUACUCAACAGCAUGCACCUGCAACACGUGAUACCUUUGCUUAUAUUGCCCAAUUCCAAAUUUUAAAAAAAUUGUGUAAAGAUAAAUUGAGUCAAGGAUGUUUGCCUGAUAAAGAGGAAAUGAAGGAUAUUCACUACGCCAUAAAAAGUGGCGGUUCAAUUUCUUGGCUUGAUGCCUUUGAGAAAAUGACUGGAAAUAGACAUAUUGAUGCCGGUCCGCUGUUAGAAUAUUAUUCUCCGUUAAUUCAAUGGCUUGGUAAUAUUAAUUCCAAUGAACAACGAGUUGUUGGGUGGGAAGUUGAGGGUGAAGGAGAGGCUUUUGCUGAAAACGAACUCCCACAUUUACAAAACCAAUAUGAAAGUGAAAAUGGGGGAGAAUUUGGGAGGAUAGAUGGAGCGGGUGGAGGAGAUGCUCAAAUUGCUUUUCCUGGUCAGAGCUGCGAGAAGGAUCAGGAAUGUCUACUCGAUUCAAAAUGUAAUGGAACAAUUUGUGUUUGUAGAGAAGGAUUGUAUACUCUUCGGAUUGCAGGCACUUAUAACUGUGUUCCGAGUGAUCCUGCUAAGGUAGGAUUCACCGAUGACAGUGGUGGUCUAGUAAUAGCCCUAAAUCCCAACAAUGGAUCACACCCUCCUGAAACCGGGCAAAAUGCUGACAUAGAGGCGGUUGUUACAAUAGAACACAUGGAUGAAGAGGCUAAUAAACAUGCAAAAACCUCAAAUUCUGCGACAAAAAAGCUUUGCAAUUUCUCCAUUUUAUUCUCGAUUUUUUUGGUCAUUUUUGCUUUAAGACAAGAAAUGCUUAUUCAUCGGAUAUGA